AUGGGCGCCGGCUUCGAGCGCAGCCGCGGCUGGCGGGCUAAAAUAGACUUUGCAUUAGACAAGACUGUAUUCGACGAGCACGCGAUGCCGCUUGAAGCCGCUCGAGCCAAAGCAGAGGUCAAAGCGUCCAAGCGUCCCGACCUCCUUGGCUUCUCCAAGCCCUCCUGGAACUCCUCCACACUGCCAGAAAACUUUGUUCCGUUUCCAGAGCGACCGAUGAUGCACCAAUUGUCCAAGUAUCACUCGCUCAAACGGUUCGACUACGACCACCGUGCUGAAGUGCUGGAGGCAAGUGAUGGCAACUCCGACUCCCAAUAUAUUGGCCGGGGAAGCAAACUGCACGCUGAGGGAUAA